CGCCAUAUUAGCGAGUGGGACGUGCAGCGCCAGGAGGAGGGAGGAGCUCCCGAAGCAGACACCCGUUUGGGGGCUGCCCGAACACCGCUUCAUCAUUCAGCGUAGCUGCUGACUUAAAGGGCUGUGGUUUUGGAGGCGCGUUCGGUGUGGGAUCUGGCCGUUUGGUUAUGAAAGGAAUGCCCCAAGCCUGCGCCGCUGCCGCCAUGCAGGAGACUUUCGGCUGCGCCGUCACCAACCGCUUCAACCACCUGCUGGACGACGAGUCGGACCCGUUCGAUAUCCUGCGGGAGGCCGAGGAGAAGAAGCAGCGAAAGAAGAAGGAGGAGGGAGGCGGUGGCCGGAGGAGUAAGGCUGGAGCCGGAGGAAGAGCCGCUGGCUCUUCACCUUCCUCCGGCGGCCCGCCUUCAGCUGCUGGGCCGGGGGCCUCUGCCAGUGCGGCUAAAUCGGGCAGAAGGGAGUCGCAGAAGGCUCGGAAAAUCCCUGCUGGCAGCGAGGCCGGCUUCGGCUCCGCGGCUUCGACCGCCGGGGGUGGCGGUGGCAUCAGGCUUGGCGGCGCUGAGAACGUGUCGGUGGGCGGCGGACAGCGAAGAGAAGGGCCGAAGAGAGGCCCGAAAAGGGCAGAAAUCAGAGGACAGAAUGAAAACCAGGAUAUUGAGAGGAAAACGGAAAGAUCAGAACGGCGGGUUGUAUUCCGAGAACGUCGUCCUAAUGAUGAAGGAACAACUGAACUUUCAUUUGAAGUACCAAUUGACAGGAUGGACAGGUCUUCAAUGAGAGGGCGAGGUGGAAGAGGGCGUGGCCGUGGAAGAGGUGGCUAUCCCAGGAACAUUAAUGGAUUUGAUCCAAGAGGAAGACGAGAGUUUGAAAGACACAGUGGAAAUGAUAAAGUGGGAAUGAAACCAGAGGACAAAAGGGGUGGAAGUGGAUCUCGAAACUGGGGAACAAUCAGAGAUGAUCCAAGGGAAUCUGACGCUACUCCAGCUGAAGAAAUGACUGAAAUGGAGGAACCUCAAGAAGUGCACGAAGGAGAUGUGGAAAACAAAGUGAAUGAAGAACAUGACACAAUAGUGGAUGACGGUCCCCAUGAAAUGACUCUAGAUGAAUGGAAAGCACUUCAAGAGCAGACUCGCUCGAAGAAGGAAUUCAACAUACGUAAACCUGAUUCCAGUGUUCUGUCAAAGGCAGUUGUGAUCCAUAAGUCUAAAUAUGAAGGCGAUGAACAGAAGGAAGAAUCUGAUGAUGAGGAUCACCAUUACUUUAGAAGAUCAGUAAAUGACAUCACCUCUAAGCUGGACAUUAACUUUGGCAGUCUUACACGCCCUGGACGAGGACGGGGUGGUGCUAGAGGUCGUGGAAGAGGCAAACGAGUAACUGAAACCAGGCCAGAAGUACCAGCUGCAGAAAUGAUUCAGAUCAGUGCUCCCAAUCCUGAUGACCCAGAGGAUUUCCCAGCUCUUGCUUGAAGCAGUAUUGAAAUAUAGUAGCUGGCAUCGGUUUGAAGAAAAUAGUUUUGGCACAUCAAGAUGAGAGGCGCUUUGCUUCAGUUGCAACACUGACUACAAGAAGUGGUACUUUAGCUCACAAUUUGUGAGUUAGACUUUUCUGUUCACUACUGGGUGUGAAUAGAUCUUGUUCAGUGUUUGUGAUGAAAGAUGGAUGGAGUGACAUUACUACUGAGUUUUCAGCACCUUCCUUUGUGCUUCAAUUGUGUAAUAUUGGCAAAUAUCUUAAACUGCUGAAGAGGUAUAUUUGAUGUUUAAAAUGCUAUAUAUUAAAAAAUAUUGAAUGGUUUGCUUGAAUUGUAAUGGUUUCCUGAAAAAGCACACGGGUAAGAGAAUGCAGCCUUUAUUCUGACAAGAAGAUGCUAACAUUUGGUUAACUGUAAAUUUUGAACUAUUGCAGGCAUGUUACAGAAAUGGCCUACUUCGGUGCCUACCCAGUAGAAGUAGCUGCAUUUGCAUCCUUGAAGUCAUUUUGAACACUGUGCACAUGUCCUUGAACUUGAAAGGUUGCUUAUUAGAUCACAUUUAAAACAAAAACAAAACCAAAAAAAAGCUUUGAUUUUUAUUUAUCCCUAGUGUCAGUUUUUGGAAGCUGAAUGUUAAAUUUGUUGAGUUUGAACUAACUUAUGUAAAGGGAAAGAUGGCAUAACUUGCCUUUUUGGGAAAUGAUUGUGGAAAUUUGAUGGAUUAAAUGCAGAUUUGUUGAAAAGCUAUUUUUUCCUUGAAUAUUUCAUCCUGUAGCAAAAAAAGAUUGUACAUUUUAUGUAGUAGUGCUUAAUUAUAGUUUCAUCAGGCUAUUGUUGAUCUACAUUGUGCACACUAAACUGCAAAUCUUCGUUUAACUAUACAAGAAUGUAAAAAUACAAAGUUUAUACUUGGUGCAUUGGUCACUUUAUAUAAAAAUACCUGGUUUUAAUUUUUACAAAUGGUUAUUCCAGUUUUAUGGAACUUGUACAUUUGUGUUGGGUAACUGGGUAAUGUGAGAUAUUUAAACUAGGUAUGCAAAAGUUUGCUUAAAACAUACAGGGCAACAAAAUGGUAAUGCUGACCCUUCAUCGAGCGCUUUUUUAAAAAAAAAACCAUGACAGGUUAUAAGUUGUUCCAAGUUUCUUGUUAAUUGAAUACUGGCUAUAGGGGGGCAGCAAUGACGAUAAGUGGCAUGUGUUUGCAUGAGCUGGGCCCAUUGAGUUGUUCUGUGUGAGCAGUGCUUGUACAAAUAAUUCUCAUGGAACUUUCUGUGCACCAACCUUAUGCUGGGGCCUCCAGUAAUGUUUUUCAGUAAUUGGAAGCUGGUGAACUUUAUAGUUCUGGAAAUAUUUUCAAUAAGUUGUGUUGAAGGCAGUCUUUAGCCUACACUUUAUUCUGGAUCUUUACAGCACAUUUGGGGAUUAAACAUUAUUCAAUGCCAAUGCCUCAGAUGGAGUUUAGCAAAGCAUUCAAGCAAUAUGUAAUGAGGGAAUUAUGUUUGAGGUUUUAUUUUUAAGGGUAGACCUGAUUUUAAAAAAUAUAUAGUUUAUAAAUGCUGAAACUAUUUUGAAACCUGAUGUCUUUAUUACAUCAACCCAGUCACUAGAAGAUACAACUUGGACCACUGCAUUACUAUUUGGUAAACAGUUUGACUGAGGUGAUAUUAUACAUUUAUAUGAAUUACUUUCAUCAGUAUAAAGUUGAAGCUAUUUUGACAUGUGCAGCAAAUAGUUGAGCCAGUGAUUGAACUGGGAACCCCAAUCCUUCAGGGCAAAAAGAUUUUCACUUUACACCUGAGGCAGCAGAAUUGUCUAUUGUGUUGGGAUGUUUGGAGUCCUUGACUUUGGUGUGUAGAAGACUAAUUCAGGAGAAACUUCAAAUGGUAAGCUGGAGAAAAUGUAAUGAUCCAGAACUAACUGCCUUUGCAGAGUAGAGGCAGGUUCAAAAGCAAAUUUUAUUUCUGCUUAAAUUACAGGGCUUUUUGGAGUGGAUUGAUUGAAUGCCGUGUUAAAACAGUGCAGCUAAUGCAAAGUUUAGUACUUCAAGAUGCACCAAAGUUAAUUUACAUGGGGUGUGUAAUAAU